GGGAGGCGCGGAGCGUGGGUGUGAGCUCAAGCGGCUCCCAAUUGGUGGCCUCCCUGGGCCGUCCAGGUACACGUUCCCGGCAGCAGAGGCGCGGCCCCGCUUGGCUUGGUAUCCACCCCCGGGAGUCUCUCUCAGUGCAUCGGGGAGGGGCAUGAUAACAGUGAGUCAAGGGCCGCCCUGGGAACCCGAGCUGCCGCCAUCUUCGGGUUACAGGGAGGUGCACACUUCCACCUCCAUUGUGCUUCCUACAUUUUUUUUCCGACUUAAGUUGAGUGGAACUGCAGAUGGAGCAGGCUGAGAGCGUUAUUGUAAUAAGUGACACCGAAGGAGACAAUGAUGGUGAAUCUUCAGUGUUCAUUGUAGAAAAUUCUCCAGAAGUUUUGGAUAUAGCCAAGGAUAAAAGCACUGAAAUAAUUGACGAAGAAUGUGGGCUUGCCAUUACAUACAGCAAAAAGGGCAAUGUUAUGCCACAUGCACGAUAUGACUGUGUGGAACAAGAUUUUACGCGAACAGAAAAUGAGGUAUCGGGGCCUGCUGGUAACAAUUUAAGUUUCUGUGAACAGUGCUAUUGUUACAUCUGUGACAAACUUGCUUCUGAGUGCCAAUACUGGAACCUUCCCUCAGUUUGUCAUUGCAAUGCUCACAAUAAGAGUAAAUACUGGAAAGCACAUCGAGAUGUUGCACUAACAGGUGCACUCUCAAUAUUCAACUUCAAUCUGGUUGACAUUGAUUCAGAGCUUCGACAUGGAGGUGCUUUAUUGCAGAAAUUUUGUUUAGAGCUUGCUUUGGAAUAUAAUAAAUACUUGAUGGGAAUAACAACCUCUAGGAGCUCCUUGAUACCAUGCAUUUGUACUUGUCACAAUCAAUUUAAAGUGUUUUGUGAAAUGUGUCAGGUGAACCACGUGGAGAUCAGACUCUACAGUUACACGCCAGUGUUUAAUAUGGUGAACAACUUCCUGCAUCAGGCAGAGAAGGAGAAGCCAAAAGCAGCUGCCAUCAUGAUGACUGGAGUGGCAAAAGAAAUUCUUCUUCAUAAACAACAUCCACAGGAAGUUUUCAAUAAAAAUGAUCACACCUCAACUCCUAGCCAGGCUGUACCAAUAUUUAUGCACAGAAUCACCAGUGCGUUGCAAAGGAUGCUUGUAUUGAGUGACUUCCCUCCUUAUCUAUUUAACAAGUUGAAAACCUUCUAUAAAACUCUUGUGCUUCCUUCUUAUUGCUAUAUCUUUACUAAUAGUCUCAAUGUGCUAUCAUGGGAGGAUCCGUUCCUGACCUCUAUCCUCAGGGGUCAAAAUAUCACUGGGCAACGACAAAAGAAAGGCAGAAAGGAAACAUUAUGGGAGGACUACCCUGUUGUGCACGCACGGGUGGAAAGGAUGGAGUCAAGAGAAGAGUACAGAGAGUUGGUUCGAUACCUACGAGUAAUAAAAUGCAAUGAUACAUUAAAGCUACGAGCUCUACAAGAUAAAGUUCCGUUCUACUUUUGCAAGUAUGGAGAUUUUAAUUCAGCUGCACAAUCAUUUCAUCUAAAUUCCAGCCUUUCUUGCUGCAUAGCCUGUCGUUUAACACCUUACCAGUACAAGGUAUACUUAAAAAUUCUCAGGACUGGAACUGUACCUGCUGGUUGUGAACUUACAGAUGAAGGACACUGGGUACUGGUGGAAGGUGGUAAUUUGAUGAAGAGUUGUUUACUGCUAAAAUGCUCACUCAGGAUCUUAUUUGUCAAUGAAGUUCUCUACAGAGAUGUUCGCUGCUGGAGCAGACUGAUUCAAAUUCACUGCAAUUAUUUUGCAAUGGAAAAUGAUGUGCUGCAAGUGCCACCACCUGGAUUUGUGAAAAACACUGCUGUCCUUUCUGCAUCAGUUCUUGAAGAUCUGAAAAAUGGAAUAGUGGGCUUGCCUAAACCAUUUUCCUCAGUGCUUCAUCGGGAGUCUGCAUUGAUUCUGGUGACGAUAGCUGCUGCGCAGAUGUUGCAUGAGAAUAUCUCCAGAAUGAAAAUUGUUCUGCCAUUAAUUGUAGCUUAUGGGAAGAAUUUCUGGGCUCUGAAGCUCUUGUUCGACAGCCUAAGCACGAAAGAGGAAAUUUUGCAUCAUUUCUGUGCCAUUCUGAGCAACAAUAUUUAUGUACAUAGAAGCAUGGUGAUUGAUGUGGUUAAGUGUCAUGAUGCCAACUAUGUCUCUGACCUUGUGACCCUCUUUCUGUCCUUUAAACAAACUACUGUCCAAUCUUUGAGCAUUCCUGUGCUCAAUGUUCUUGUGGAGGCAUGGCAUGAAUUCAAAACCAUGGAAUGUCUAUGGAUACAAUCUCUUCAUAGCUUUCUACAGAAUAAGGUUGUUCCAGCCAUGGAAAUGGUCAACACUGCACAGUUUAUUGAAUUACGGAAUAAACUAAACAGGAUACUUUAAACAAAGUUUGAUAUGUCCUGGAAACUAUCCAAGUAAUGUACAGUGGAUUACCAUGGCAAUGCACCUUGUUAUACUAUGACUGUGAAAAUUGCUCCUGAGACAUUACAUAUAGUGAUGACUUUUAAACUUAAUCUGCAUUAUCAUACAACUAUGGAAACAAGGCACAAAUAGAAAACCUACAGUUUUUAAAAAUCAUCUGACAUUUUCCAUGUUCAUAGAAUGCUCUGAAGAUAUUAGCAUCUUAUUACAAAACAAUUUAAAAUAUUGGCAUCAAGGGUUUCUAUAAGUAAAGCUAAUUUAUCCCUACUUUGUUUUGUUACCAUGUUUAUAUUGUGCUCCAGAAGCAAGUAGUAUUUGGCGGCGGUGGGGGGAAGGAAUAAUCAAGGGUGAUGGGAUGGGGGAGGAAGUAGGAUCUGGACAUUGUGUCUUAUAAAUAUUUAUUUAUUUUUGCUUUCUAGAGGAAAGAUCAUGAAAAGAAUAGUGCAAGUAUAAUUGGUUUCAUGGUAUUGACUUUGUGCAUCUCAAACCAGUAAAACAAAGGAAAGACCAAAUAUGCCAUCCUUAAAAUAGAAAUUAACAUCAUAGUUUAACAAAGUCCACCCUUCCAUUUUGGGUUAUUUUAGUAAUUUUUGUUUUUUAUUCUGGUCAGGAAUGGUUGCACAGAAAUACAACUCUCUUUAAACCAUCUAUAACAACUGAGAAAGUUUUUUUUUUAAAAUGUCAAACUCAAUCUCCUCCAAGUAAAGAUUUAAUAAAUCAAACUCCUACACCACAUGGCUAUUAAUGCCAGAUGGAAGAGCACAACUUUCCCCCAUUUUAAAUAGUUUGUUUAUUUAUUUAAUAAACUCCUUCCAAUUGUUAAAUGUUACUAUGUUUGAAAGGCAGUCUCCAAAUGCAUUCCCUACAUUGUAGAAAAUGAAAUCUUGAAGUGACAAAGUAAAUAAAACCAGUAAAAUUAAUUUGAAGUUAAUGCUUAUUUAUCUACAGAGCUGUGCCCAACUCUGGCUUAUCCUGAACCACAACCAACACAUUUCAGAUAUUAGCCCACCCACCACUGAGUCAGCAGAUCGUGGUUUGAAGUUGGGCACCAGACCCUGAGCACAGAAUCUAAACUAACUGUUCAGUACAGCAAAGGGUGCUACCUUAUUAGAGAUAUUUAACAAGGACCACACUGCAAUCUAGGGUAAACAUCAGAUUAAUGUCUUGGGACCUUUAAAGAAUAAUAAGGGAGUUAUCAGUAACUGGUCAAAAUUUAUCCUUUAAACAAUAUUACCAAAACACAUGAUCUGUUUAUCAUCUCAUUGACAUUUGUGGGAACUUGCUGUCCUUAAAUUGGCUGCCAUAUUUUCUUCAUUACAACAGGUUACACAGAAAAUAUCAUUGAUUGUAAACAAUGUAGGCCAUAAUAAAAGUAAUGUGAAAAGUCCUGUAUAAAUCCAAGCCUUUUUUUAUUCACCAUCUUUUGUGUUUGACAUUUUGUGGUGUGGAGAUAACAACAUGUGAGUACAUUUGUUAUUUCUUUAGAUGAAAGAAAAUAGUCAAAUUUGUAUUGGGUAGAAUUGUAAUACAGAAUUCUUCAAUAAUUUAAGUGUUUUUAUGCUGCUUUCCUAUGAGAGCGAAGAUAUCUCUUCGGCAGAAUAAUGCUGCAAGAGCAACGUUUUUGUACUAUGGUCUGCUAAUCUGUUUUCAGCUUUCCAUUUCAUUCUCCCUUUAAUUUUUAACAAACCUAUUUACAUUAAAGCAAGAUGAUGUUCCACCAUUUGAAAACAUUAUAAAGUAUUGAGACUUCCAUGAACCAUCUUGUGAUUUUUUUUUUUGGAUGAGUUUUAUGCUUGGAGCAUCAUGCAAGUUUUUGAGUCCAUUUUUGUCUGUAUAUCUGUUUGAGCUUGAGUUUUCUGUUUGGCAUUUUCCAGCAUAGCAAGUAGUACCCUUUAAUAAUAAGGGAUUUUCUGUGAUGAGGAUUCUAAUAAAGUGAAUGAAAUCUUUAACCUUCAGGAAAAUCCUUUUAAUGUUAUUUGAAUCUUGUAAAUUAUAUAGUAUUGUAUUUUUACAUAAUGUUUUUAUGGUUUCUGGCAGACAUGUCUGUGUGAAAUAUGUGAGGCAUCAGCCUUCUGGGCUGUAUUUUCUUGACGUUACUAUGGCAAAAGCCAAGGCUGCUUGCAAAGAAAAACACUUGGUGUAGAACCUAAAAUGUAUGCAACUGCUAUUAAAGAACUUUGUUCCAAUUUUUUUAAGGAAAGCCUUGUAUAUUCUUCUAGAGAUUCAGUAUUAUUCAUGUUUUUUUUUUAAAUCUAUGUUCCUGUGUAAUCACUUCAAUAAAUUUUUCAAUUU